AACAAUUUUGUGUCUCUGGUCUAAGGGAGAUAACUCCAAAUAAUGGCUUAAAAAGAUGGCAACUAUUCAAGAUUCAAGUACUGGUACUGGUAAUUUUAGUUCGGCUUCAUCUCUACUCGCAACUAUAGUCUAUAAGUAUAACCUUCGGGCAUCUUAAGUUACGCUAUAGUAGGCAAGGAAUAUAAUAAUGUUCUUUAGUUUCUACUAUAGUUUACUAGUAAAGCCUAUACUAUAUAGGCCAUGGUCUUUAGAUAAUAAAGACUUAACAUGCACAACCAAUCAGAAUUGCGAUGUUUCCAGCAUUGUGAUCGAUCAACUAAUAUAAUUUGUUUUAAUGUACCUGAACAUUGUCCACUAUGUGGAAAGAAUACAUCAGAAACCGAGAGUCGCAUACCUCCAUACAUUUUGCCAUCACCUAUAGCAGCAGCUACAAAAUGGCCAAGCAGUCUAGUUCUGAAACCAACUGAUGGUGAUUUUAUAUGUGAUUUUACAAAGACUUCAAACUUGCAUAUUGGAGUGACAGAUAGCACAGGCGCAGUUUAUGAUUUUGAUGAACAUGGUCUCCAUGUUGGAUCACCAUGGUUGUGCUGUAUUCAGGUGCCUGUGUUGUCUCCUGGUGACAUAGAUAUCAGUGAUUGGGAUAAUAGAUUAUUCUACUAUGCUAAACCAAACAAUUGGACACCAACAAGGUAUCACGACAUGAACAAUAACUGUUUUGAUUUUGUUCUUGGAUUCCUACGAUCUAUACCACAUCUAGCAACCAUUCCAUCCCUUAGCAACAAGCGAACAUUCUGUGAUGACUUUAUAGUGAGAAAAACAAGGAAAACUUCUCAAUAUAUCAGCCUAUAUAAACAAGUUUUACAAAAUGGCAGUGUUUGUCAAAAAACAUAGUAUUCCAAAACAGUUGAUAGUCAGUCGGGCAAACAGUAAAAAUCUUAGGUGUAGAAGCAUGAAUGUUGAGAAACGGUUACGUUUGGUUUCUGGCUAACUAAUCACAUUGGGUAGUUGAGGCUUAUGGUUCACUGGAUAUAGGCAUACUGUCACAUAUUCUACAAGAACUAACAGACUGUACUUAUCAAACUACCUAACGAAAAUACAAAACACAGAUAAUCCAAAAUGUCAAAGUUAGCCAAGUGACUUGUGGUAUAAGGUGUUCUGAAAAGAGUAAGCAUACCCUGCCUCAUGUACUUAAAGUUAUCUAAUGCAGCUCAACAAAUUAAGGGGAGUUGUCUAAUGUGUGCACUUAAGAUCAGAAGGUCCUGUCAUGGAGACAAGCGUGUGGGUUUAAUUCAAGGUGUAUACGCGACCAGGGUCACGUUUAGCAGUCGGAUAGACAUCCUACUAUUUUUUACACAUCAGAUGUAUCACAUUUAUAAAUUUGGAGGGAGCCACGGUGGCUAAGUGAGGACGUUAACCUGGAGGUCCCGUGUUCGAUCCCUGCGUUCGCCAAGAAAGUUUAUCAGGAUUUUCCAGUAUGGUUCCCCUUUGUCAGUGGUGUAGGACGGAGGGCCGGUCAAGGGACAACGUAUAGUCAUUCAGAUGGGACGAAAACCAAGGUCCGGUGUACACAUUGGCAGUUGGAAUUCGAUAUUAUAAGUGUAAGCCAUAGUGCAGCUGUCCGGCAAAAUUUCCCUCAAUCCCGUCUUCAUUAGCCCAGUCGGAGCAGAACAGUAGGACGUUAAACCCCAUUUUAUUUCAUUUUAUAAAUUUGGAAGUAACAUAACCUGUUUAUAUUUUUGGCAAUAUUUAUGUAUAAUAUUAAAAAAGUUUAAUAUAAUAUUAAUGUACAACAAUAUAAUAAAUAAAAUGAAACAAAUUCACAUAGGCUUUCUUUUAUACAUAGUUUAACUGGACAUAUCUUUUAUACUACGGAGAUGAACACACACUACAAGUUUAGUUUAGCUGAAUACCAUACAAGUACAGUUUAGUUGUGAAGCUUAUUAAAUGUC